AUGAAGGUUGAGUUUGCACCAUGGUCUGUGCCACUGCAGAGAAGGCUUCAGACAGCAUCAGUGGCUCAAUGGGUCUUCAGCUUCCUGUGUCUAGCACAGUGCUGUACAGUUGCCUUCAUCGCCCUCUUCUUCACUCGUUUUUGGCUGGUCAGUGCCCUCUAUGCUGCAUGGUGGUUAAUAGACAGGGAGAAACCCAGGAAGGGUGGGCGGCGGAUCCAAUUCUUCCGGAACGGCAUCAUCUGGAGGUACAUGAAGGACUAUUUCCCCGUCACGUUGAUGAAGACAGCAGAGCUGGACCCUCAGCAGAACUACCUGCUGGGAUUUCAUCCCCAUGGAGUCCUGGCAGUUGGAGCCUUUAUCAAUUUCUGCACAGAGGCAUCUGGCUUUUCCACACUCUUCCCAGGCAUCACCCCCCACCUGAUGAUGCUUUCCCUGUGGUUUCGCUUCCCAUUCUUCAGGGAUUAUUUGAUGAGUGGAGGCCUCAUCCCCUCUGACAAGGAGAGUGCAUCAUACGUGCUGCAGAAGCCAGAGGGUGGGAACUUGCUGGCCAUCAUUGUUGGUGGGGCACAGGAGGCACUGGAUGCCCAUCCAGGAUCCUUCACCUUGCUGCUGAAGAACAGGAAGGGAUUUGUACGCCUGGCCAUCCAGCGUGGCACACCCCUGGUCCCUGCCUUUUCCUUUGGGGAGAACAACGUCUUUGAUCAGGUGAAGAAUCCUAAGGGCUCCUGGCUGAGGAGGAUUCAGUACUCUCUCCAGCAGAUCAUGGGCAUCUCCCUUCCCCUCUUCCAUGCACGAGGCAUCUUCCAGUACAGCUUUGGGCUGAUACCCUACCGACGGCCCAUCUGCACCGUGGUUGGGAAGCCAAUUCCAGUGCAGAAGAGACACAAACCCUCGGAGGAAGAAGUUGAUCAAGUCCAUCAAAAAUAUCUAAAUGAAUUGUCCAGCCUCUUUGAGAAGCACAAAGCUAAAUAUAAUAUCCCAGAAGAAAGCCACCUGGAAUUUAUAUAG